AUGCGACCGGCGCGGAUCAGUCCCGAGACGUCCACCCCCCGAACUGGUGAGGCGCGCCCUCGAUUCGAUCAACAACAACAACAACAACGCUGAGAGAAACUUUAUAUUCAACAAAAGAAAGAAAAUCUACGCUUUUAUUUUUGAAUUUUUUUACGAACGCGCGCCGAUUUCAGGAGAAAAUUUUCUCGGGGGUGGAAAAAACUUUCGCCCUCCAAAAAGAUAAUAAUAAUUUUUUGUGAAAAAUACUUUUUUUAAAAAGAUUUUUGUUAGUUUUUCUAAAUUAAUUAAUUUUUCUAACACAACUCACAAACACCUGAAAUUCAAUGGAUUCAAAACAAAGCACUUAGUGCCGGCAAGCUGGCCCACCAAUUCUGGUUCUCGUACCCGCCCGGGGGCGGCUCGGGGAGAGGCCAGACGGACGAGGAGAAGAAGGAGAAGGCGGCCGCGCAGGCUGUGGCUGCACAGCACGCGGCAGACCACCAUGCUGCCGAAGCAAGGAGACUCCUCCUCGCCUCACAGUCCAGUUGCAGGGCACCGAUAGCCAGCAUCGAGUUUAUGGAAGAGCUGUCUGAGAAUAUGGGCUCGAACUCGAGGCAGCUGACGCCUGGCCUCAGGUACAGGAACCUGGGGAAAAGCGGACUCCGGGUCUCGAACAUCGGUCUCGGGGCCUGGGUGACGUUCGGCGGCGGCGUGUCGGAGCUGGAGGCGGAGGCCGUCGUGGAGGCGGCCUACCUCGCGGGCAUCAACCUGUUCGACCUGAGCGAGGCGCACACGGGACCGAGGGCGGAGCUUUUCCUCGGCCAGAUCCUCAAGAGGAAGCCGUGGCCGAGGUCUUCCUACAUAGUCACGACCAAGAUCUACUUCAACUCGAAAUCCGAUGAGAGAGGGUUGAGCAGAAAGCACAUAAUCGAAAGCGUGAAGGCUUCUCUCGUCCGCCUGAAGCUUGACUACAUAGACGUCGUCAUACUCCACAAGUGCGAUCCGAUGUGCCCGACCGAAGAAACGGUCCGGGCGAUGAACCACGUUAUAUCCCAGGGCUGGGUUAUGUACUGGGGCACUGCGAAGUGGUCACCAGUCGAGAUCAUGGAGGCGUACUCAAACUGCAGGCAGUUCAACUGCAUCACGCCCAUCAUCGAACAGGCCGAGUACCACAUGUUCUGCCGGGAGAAGACAGAGCUGUACAUGGCCGAACUGUACAACAAGAUCGGGGUCGGUCUCAUGGCCUGGUCGCCAAUCGGAAUGGGGCUCGUCUCGCCCAAAGUCGACGACGCCAACGCACAAGUCCUGACGCGAUCCGCGCUCAAGCACAACAAGUACACAUCGUUUAGUUGGAGCGAAGAUGAAACGUUGCCAAGCAGCAAGGAGUCCAAGGAAGGGUGUUGGGGGAAAGAGAAGUCAGAGAAGGUGGUUGGCCAGUCAGAGAAGCUGAAGCAGGUGGAACAGAUCGCUGAACGUCUCGGCUGCUCCUUGACGCAGCUGAGCAUCGCCUGGUGUUCGAAGAACGACUCUGUCCAAUGCCUCCUCCUCGGGGCGACGACCGUCCAGCACCUCUACCACUGCAUCCACAGCCUCCAGCUCGUGCCGAAGCUCAACUCGACCAUUAUGUCCGAGCUGGACAAAGUGCUCGGGAACAAGCCGGCGAGGGCGCCCAUGGUCUCGACCCUUGCCCUCAGAUGACAAACAAUGCUGCCGCCCCCUGGGACGGCAGCGCCCGAAUCCCCCAAGACGGACGAGUCGCCGACCGAAUCGAAACAGCAGAAGAUGCCGUUCUGCACGAUACAGUGACAGUAUGCCUCGUCACCUCCAUAGCUCCACUUCUGGUUGGUGUCUAUAUUCAAGGAGGUACGUUUCAAAUGCCUCGUAUCCUGCUUUGCAAACUGCCACAGCAAGCUGACAGACCACGGCUA